UCUUCUGACGUUUUCUCACAGAACUGAAAAAGCCAGAGAUUUUAAGCUGUAGUUAAUAUGUCUGGCCAUAAAGUAAACGUGUGAAUGUUGUGUAUUUUGUUAAAUAUGAUCAGGGAUGCAGCAUCUCUGAUCAGCAGCUGACAUGCAGCAGAAGACGCAACAACUGCUGGCAGAGGAGACAAGACAUUGUCGGGACACCAAGGCUUUUCCGUGGCUGUUUGAAAAGAGGACAGUGUGGAAGGCAAGAUGUUUGGCUGGUUGAAGGUUCGCUCCUGGUUUACUCUAGUCUCAGGGUUAGUAGAGUGUUUGGGGUUCGCUGGCGCAGUAUUCGGCUGGGCAUCGCUGGUCUUUGUGCUUAAAACUGAGGGCUACUUCAGCGAUCUGUGUGUGAACGCCACCGUAAAUGGAACUGUCACUGAAGAUUGCAGAGAGCAAGAUGAGCAGUUCUCUCUCAUCUUUACCAUCGCCUCCUUUAUGAACAACUUCCUCACGCUUCCGAACGGCUUCCUGUUUGAUCACUUUGGGACCACGGUUGCCAGACUACUGGGAAUAUCCGUUUACACUGCAGGAAUGUUGUUAAUAGCCUUUUCAAGUCCUGCUAACGCCAUCCUCCUGUUCCCUGCUCUGUCCUUCAUCGCUGUGGGGGGAAUUUUGUUCUUGGUCACCAAUAUGCAGGUGGGGAAUCUCUUUGGCAAACAUCGCUCGACUAUAAUCACUCUGUAUAAUGGAGCCUUUGACUCUUCCUCAGCAGUCUUCCUCAUCAUCAAGUUGCUGUUUGAGGAUGGAGUCUCUCUGCGAGGGUCUUAUCUCUUCCUGUCCUGCUGCAGUGUCAUUCAUCUGUUCCGUACAUUUGUGCUGUUGCCACGUACACAUAUCCCAUACCCCCUUCCUGAGAACUACACCUACGGUGUGAAAUGUGGGGAGACUCAGGAUUAUGCCGUUGCAAAGACUGAAGAGAAUAACAUCCAGACUUCCCAGACUGAAGACAAAAUGCCAUUUAAAGAGAAUUCUCCCCAUGGCCAAAACACAGACAAAAUGGAGCGAAGCUUCAAGAGUUGUUUCCUGUCCUGGUCCUUCAUGUGGCAUAUGCUGUGGCUUUCUGUGAUGCAGCUGAGACACUACAUGUUCAUCGGGACCUUAAAUCCAAUGCUGAAUCAUCUUGCUGGUGGAGACCCAGACCUUGUGAGCCGAUAUACAAACGCAUUUGCUUUCACUCAGCUGUGUGGAAUCCUGUGUGCUCCCUGGAAUGGACUUAUCAUGGACCGCCACAAGGGAAAAGAACGGGAACCAGGACAGAGUGAGCAGGAAUCAGACCUGAAGGCAGCCAUUCUGUCUCUGUCGCUGACUGCACUUCAGUGUGUGCUGUUUUCAGUGUGCGCCGCCACACCUAUACUCCCUCUGCAGUACCUCACCUUCAUCCUUCAGGUCCUGAACAGAUCAUUCCUCUACGGGGGAAAUGCUGCCUUCAUCAGUGUGGCGUUUCCACCGGUACACUUUGGAAAGCUGUUUGGAGCGGUGAUGGCUCUCUCAGCCGUUGUGUCUCUGCUCCAGUAUCCCUGCUUCGCUCUUAUAAAAGGACCACUGGGUGGAGACCCUCUCUACGUGAACAUCGGUUUGACCGUUCUGAGUCUCCUGGCCUUCAUCAACCCUCUCUAUGUUUAUCUGCACUGCCGGCGUCAAGCGGCCCAGCGAGCCAGUACCAACAGCAGUGCCUCUUCAUAAGCUCAAUCUGUAAAGGGAAUAUCAACCUGACCUCUGACAUUUUUUAAAUUGCUAUCGGUUACUUGUUAUUUUUUUCUUUCUUUUUUUUUUUCUUCUUUUUUUUCCCACAAAAAUACAAAAACAUUCCUGUCAUGGAAAGGAAUGUGUUACUAACCUUUCCAUGCUCUGUUCUACAGAGGGUGACUGCUCUCCACCCUCUUUACUAAUAUCCUCACACUCCACACCUCUUGAAUUUUGCAUGCUCAUACACAUGUGUAAAAGAAGAUUAUACGCAAAUAAUAAAAAUAUUGAGAGGCUCUUGUAAAGAGCACUUGACAAAAGUCAUAUACUGUUAUGUGUUUCGUCAUACUUUAAAGGAAUAGUACACCCGAAAAUGAAAAUUCUGUCUUUACUCAUUGAGACUUGUGCCGUCUCAAACUUGUAUGACUUUCUUUCUUCUGCAGAAUACAAAUGGAAAUAUUUUUUAGAUGAUGUGUUUAUGUACAUACAAUGCAAGUCAAUGGGGUCAGAAACUUUCAAGCUCCAAAAAGAACAUAAAGGCAGCAUAAAGGUAAUCCACACAUCUCAAGACGUUUAAUCCAUGUCUUCUAAAACGAUUGAAUUAUCGCUUUGGGUGAAACAACUGCGUUCUCUCAUGAUCACGCCUAGACUGCUAAUUGCAAGAUUUAUAGUGAAUAAGGACUAAAAUUUUGGUCUGUUCUCACCCAAAACCACAUCGCUUCAAAGGACAUGGAUUAAACUAAUUGUGCUGAUUGGAUUACUUUUAUGCUGUCUUUAUGUCGUUUUUUAAACAUGAAAGUUUUUGAUCUUACAUUAUAUGGAAAUUAAAACAUACUGUACAUCUACCAAAAUAUCUUCAAAAGAAAGUCAUAUGAGUUUGAGACAGCAUAAGGGUGAGUAAAUGAUGAAAGAAGGAUCAUUUUUGGGUGAACUAUUCCUUUUAAAGGUGAAAUAAUGAGUGCUUUCAAAGUUUAUAAAGAUAAAAAUAAAAGGUAUGAAGAUAAAAGAUAAUAUGAAGUUAUACGAUUAAUAAAGUAGGGAUAAUCAUAAGGGAUCCCCAUUAAAAUAUGAUGACAUGGUGAUUUUAACCAGAUGGGAGAAAUGUUUGCAAAUGUACUGCCAUACAGGUAUAUGUUUAGUGUAUCAUAAACUUGCUAUAACUUGUACUGAGCACUCAACUCCACACAUGUGCACAAACGAUUUUCUUCUCAGCCAAUGUUUACAAGUUCAUGUGAAUUAUUGUGGUUGUUAGAGCCCUCUGUAGGACACUAAAGGAUUUACAUCCUCCAUAGUGCUCAACCAACAGCCUCAGAAUUUGAUGUAUUAUUUUUUUAUGUAUCAGUAUUACUCAAAUAAAGGGAAUUUUUAUAACAUGACUAAUCAAUUAAGCUGAUUUUUUUUUAAUUUUUAUUAUUUUAUUUUAUUUUGGAAAGUCAGUUAUUGAUUUCUGAAGCAUAUGCUACAUGAUCUUCAUGAUUUACCUUCCUGUUUAUUCAUAUGCGUUGUCCCUGUAAAUCUAAAUUGAAUAAAGUAGAGACCCUUUUAUAAAAUUA